AUGGAUAUUUCAAGAGAGAAGCAUGUUUAUCGAAAAUGGUUAGGUGUAUUGCUGCUAUUAAUAGAAAUGAAUCUUCUUGGUGGAACAAUCUAUGGUUUUCCGGCCAUUUUUAAAGUUUUAUCAAAAAAUAAAAUUUAUCAAAAUUUAUGUCCAUCAUCAACAACAGGUAAAUGUUUAGAGCAACUUCAACAAUAUCAAAAUGGAUUAACAUUAGGAAUUGCUUUUUUUGAUUUGCCAUCAUUUGUUAUUGGAAUUCUUAUUGAUAAAUUUGGUUGUCGUUUUGUGAAAUUAAUAUCAAUAAUAUUUCAUAUAAUUGGAUGGUUAUCAUUAGCAUUCUUACAACCAGGUCGAGACUAUUUAUUAUAUAUUCAUUGUAUAUUUUCAUCAAUAAGUGGAAUUGUAGUUGUCAUAACAACUUAUACAUCAUCAAAUUAUUUUUCAAAAUCUCGUGCUUUUGUAGCAUCUUUAUUAGUAGGAGCUGGAAUCUCAUCAACAAUGUGGUUUUCAAUAUUUCAAGUCAUAAUUGAUAAUGGAAUAUUAGAAUUAAAUCAUUUAGCCUAUAUUUGGUUAGCAUUUGGUUUAAUAAUGUUUAUAACAUCAUUUUUAUUUCUUGAUUGGAAAUAUUCUUUUCUUAAUUUACCAUAUAAAUUUGAUGUUCAACUUGAAUUAACAGAUGAAAAUCAAUUAGAUAGUAGUUCAUUUUGGAAAUAUUUUCGAAGUCCAUUAUAUAUUUUAGUUGUUUUAUUUUUAAGUAUUGUUUUAAUUCCAAGUGUAUUUCUUGCUGUUGUUUGGGAACCAUCUAUUACAUUUAUUACAGGACAAGAUCAAUCAUUAGGUAUUUAUUUCUACAAAACAAUCAAAAGCAAUUAUUAA